CCCCUCUAGGUAGGUAACGAUCAAAAUUAGAAUUGUACAAAAGCAUCUAAUCCUUUCCGUUUUGAGUGUAGUCUCACCGUGUAGAAAACCCUUGCUCAGUUGCACCUACCUACCAUCAUCUUAUUUCUUCUUCACACCUUUCACCUUCAUCAAUCACCACAAUUCAUCAUCCAAUCGAUUCCAUUUCUUACUAAUUUCACUUUCAAUUCCUAAUAUUCUCAUCAUCUUUGCAGGUAAUAUGUAUCCUCAAUUAAUAAGGAAGUGAAGAAUAAGUUUAGAAAUGAGUUCCAUAAGUGAGAAUGUAGACGACCGGCUUAGCCGGUUACCGGAAGAUAUUCUUUCACAUAUACUCUCUUUAAUGCCGACGAAAUAUGCGGUUCGAACUAGCGUUUUGUCAAAAAGAUGGAGGUAUAGUUGGAUGUUUGUUACCGACCUCGACUUUGAUGAUAUUCAUCCCUACCAUGAUGAGAAAGCCUUGUCAAAGAUUGUUGAUCGGGUCUUAAAGUUUUGCAAAACGUCGAAACUUCGAUCGGUUCGGUUACACUUGUGUGAUAAAGUGGUUUCGAAGUCUAGUGUGUCAAGUUGGAUUGAUAAGAUGGUUAGGUUAAAUGUCUGUGAGCUUGACGUACAACUUGUUUUGCUCGAGUUGCCUUUUAGCUUGUUCACGUGCAAGACACUGACAAAAUUAAGAAUAGAUGUUAGCGCGGAUAAGUACGGUGUUUGGGAGUGUCGGUAUCCGGUUAAUCUUCCUUGCCUGAAAACGCUUGACGUUGUUGUUUACACCAAUCCUUUUGACAAUGCGUUUAGACUCAUCCGUGGCUGCCCGAUGCUUGAAAGUUUAUCGUUGGAAGUUAUAUGGUGCACCCAUAAUGGAGAUUACGUAUUCAAUAUCCCUACUUUGAAACGACUGAAGCUAACAAAUAUAACAUGUGGGUAUGCUGUCAAUUACGUUGUUUUACGCGUCCCUAAUCUUGAAUACCUAUAUGUUGGCGGGAUGUUGGGGUCGUGGUACGUCAUGGAAGAUUUGCCGUCGUCGGUUGAGGCAUCUGUUUCAUUUGAUUGUUUAGUUUCAUCCGACUGUACAAUACUUGAUCUGUGGGGUCAGUUUCUAAAGGGAAUAAAUGGCGUUAAAUCGCUUUCGGUUAAAAAAUUACUAUCGUCGUCACCUCUGCCCAUGUUUCCGAAUACAAAACGCUUGGAGUUGAAGGAUCUUUGGGAUUCCGGAAAAGUUCUUGAAAGUUGUCCCGCGUUGGAACAUUUGUGUAUUGAAAAGGUUGUAAAUUAUUUGUGGAUUAAACCGAAGUUGGUACCUGCAUGUUUGCUAACAAACCUUACAACCAUCAAGUUUUCAACCCGAAAAUGGCAAAAGUGUGAUAUGGAGUUUCUGGAAUACAUGUUGAGGAAUGCAGAGGUUUUGAAGACGGUAACAAUCACUUUGGAAAACCUAUGCAUAGAAGAAGAAAGGCGGUUGUGUUUGGAGUUGAUCGAGCUUCCUAGAGCUUCUAGCCGUUGUGAGAUACGUUUCACAGUCAUGACUGUGAAGGAUGGCCGCCUGCAGCACCGAUGAAGGGGGGCGCGUGGUUGAAGUGGCUACAUGAGGAUAACAGGGUCUUUAAUGUAGAUUUUUAAAGACCAUUUGUUACUAUAUAAAAAUAAUUCCUUAGUUUACUGUUUCGAAUAAGCAUAUAUAUACUUAAUUUAUAUUUGAAGUAUGAAAUCCAGAUUUAUUUAAUGCUGGUUCAAUAAAAUAUGGAGACUUGUUUAAUGUA